AAGCUUUUCUCGAUUAAUAAUAAUAUAAAGAGUUUAUAUAGUUAAAUAUCAAAGAUAUAUUAUUUGUUUUUUGAUAAGAGCAAAAAAGAAAAGAAAGAAAUAAAUAGUAUAAAAUUAGUAUUAAAAAAAAAAAUGAGUGAUUAGAAAGAAGAAAUUAAGGAAGUCCAAAACAAACCCACCACUGAAGCCAGCGAAAAGAAAGAAGCUUAAAUAGAUGAUUUAGAUGCUGCUUUAGAUGAGGGAGAUGAUGAUCCAUUAAAUAUUACUCAAGACGAAAGAAGUUAAUAAGGUGAAGAUGAUAUCGAUCCCAAUAUGAAACAAGAAUACGAAUAAUUUAUGAAAGAAAUGGGUGAAGAUGGAGGAAAAGGAAUGCAAUUUAUGAAUUAAAUGUUAGGAUAAAUGUUUUAGGGAAUGAAUUUGAAUGUACCAGGAGAAGGUCAAUAACCAGGUAAUGCAUAGAAUUAGUAAGGAAAUGACUUUUAAGGUGGUUAGAUGCCUGAUUUUAACGCAUUUUAAAAUCAAUUUGGAGAUAUGUUUAAAAAUUUCGAAGACAAUCCCGAGUAUGAUGCCCUUGCAAAUCAUUUGCUCCAAGAAUUUAUGGAUAAGGAUAUUUUGGAGGAACCAUUAGUAGAUUCUCAAAAGAAGUACAAAGAGUAUUUAGAAUAAAAUAAAGAUAAGCUAACCGCUGAAGAUAAAGAAAGAUAUUAAAAGCAAUAAAAAUGCAUUGACGAAAUCUUAGAGAUAGUAUAAAAAGAACCUAAUAAUAAAGAUAAAAUGAUUGCAAAGUUUGAAGAAAUGCAAGAAUAUGGAUAACCUCCUGAGCCUUUGAUUAAUGCAUUUGGAGGCGAGUCUCCUUUUGCAGCAUUCACAUAACCAUAACCAUAACAAUAACAAUAAUAACAACCUGGAUUUCAAGGUAUGCCAAACAUGAUGGGAGGAGAUCCUUAGGACUGCAAUAUUUUUUGA